AUGUCCUCAGCUGGGAUUCAGGCUAGGAAGCAGGCCAAGGAGUCCCUCCUUUGCCCUCUGUCCUUGGGCCCCACACUCCUGCCUCCAUUGGCUGAAAAGCUGCAGUUUCCCUCCUCCACACCCUCUUCUCAGGCACAGCCCAGGCCCGACGGAGAGGUGAUGCCCACCCUGGACAUGGUCUUGUUCGACUGGACCGAUUACGAAGACCUAAAACCUGAUGUCUGGCCUUCUGCAAAAAAGAAAGAUGGAAAGGCUGCCAAGUGCUUACCACCUGCCAAAUGCUCCCCGCAACUCAUUGUAACCUGGAGAAACACCGAAACAUCUCCAGCCGAAGGGGAGCCCUGUGACCAUCACGAAGACUGCCUGCCAGGGACCUGCUGUGACCUGCGGGGGCAUCUCUGCACACCCCACGACCGAGGCCUCAACAACAAAUGCUUUGAUGACUGCAUGUGUACGGAAGGUCUGCGCUGCUACUCCAAAUUCCACUGGAACUGCAGGGUCACGCGGAGGAAGGGGCACUGCGUGGAGCCCGAGACAGCCAACAGCGACCAGGGAUCCUUCAUCAACGUUGGAGGCGCCUCCCCACCAGCCUGGGGACUGAGUCCCAGGAAGUUUGGCAAACCGGGCAAUGUGUUCCUGACGACCCCUGAGAGAUCACCCGGGGGACCCCAUGACUGA